AUGUCGGUCAAUCUAGCCAGCAUCCUCUACCACCAAUGGGUCCCGCUCCCGCGUGUCUCCUCCUUUUCCCGCCCUCUCACAGGACGUACCGUCAUCCUUACGGGUGGCAACGUCGGCCUCGGGUUCGAAGCUGCGAAGCAUCUCGCCUCCCUCGGACCUGCCCGACUGAUCAUUGCCCGCCGUUCUACAGCCCGAGGGGCAGAAGCGGUAAAGAAGAUUCAAGAAGCUGCGAAGGGCAAGGUCGGGAAGGUCGAGUGCUGGGAAGUGGACGAAGCGUCUUUUGCUAGCGUCACUGCCUUCGGCGACCGGUUCGAGCGCGAAGGCGGGGGGAAGCUCGAUUUGCUCGUGCUUAAUGCCGCGGUUGGGAUGUACGAGCGGCAGGAGACGGCAGAUGGGUGGGAGCUGAUGCUCCAGGUGAACCACUUAUCCACCUGCCUUCUCGCCCUCCGCCUCUUGCCAUUUCUAUCCAAGGCCAGGGCCGAUCCGCCCCCUCCUAGGAUAGUCAUCGUCGACUCCGGAGCCCAUCGCUGGAUUAAGGACUUGCCAGAGGCCAACACGGACGCACCCAGCAUCCUUAAACUGCUGAGCAGCAAGGAAAACUGUGCUGAAGAGGGGAAGAUACAGAAUUGGUAUCCUCUCACCAAACUCUUCAACGUAUUCUUCUGUAUUGAGCUCUCCGAGCGUCUGUCCGCCGACUCUGCCAUCAGCAUGGCUACGGUCAACCCGGGUUUCUGCCGCUCCUCGCUAGCCCGACACAUCCGUACCUGGGGCUUCUGGUUCAUGACAGUUCUUUUCGCUCGAACGACCGAGAUGGGCUCUCGCACGCUUGUGUGGACAUCCGUGACGAAAGACUUGGACGGAAAGAGCGGGAAGUAUACCGAGAACUGCAUGGUUACUGAGCCGGGUCUUUUCGUCAUGAGUGAGCAAGGGAAGAAGGCUAGGGGCAAGGUUUGGGAUGAUACAAUCGAACAGCUUAGUCUGGUGGACCCGGAGGUCCCAAAGAUUGUCAAACAAUACCUACGCUGGGAGUAA